CUCUCCAAGGUGCUGAAUCUCUUCCCGGAUUUUCAAUUACCGGAUUAAUCCUGUCUUCAUCUGUUUGGGAGUCGGAUGUUUCUGAAUCUGUUGGGAGAGGAAAUUCAUGCACUCCGAAUUAAUGCAAAGAGGACCUUCCUUCCCUUCCAAGGCAUGAAUGAAUGCCUGGCUGAAGGCAUGAAUGAAGCCCUGAAAGCAUGAAUGAAGGACUGAAUGAAUGACGGAGCCUGCUCCUCGUUGGCCCCUCCCCCGAUGGAGGCCCCCCACGGCUUCGGGAUCGACUCCUUGCUCUCGCGGAGCCCCGCCCCCUCUUCCUGCUCCUCCUCCUCUUCUUCCAAGGAGGGCGGGGCUCUCCUCGAGGGGGCGGAGCUUAGCCCCACCAGCAGCAGCAGCGGCACCGGAUUGGUCGGCGGCGGGGGCUGCCCCUCCCCUCCUCGGGGGCCCCUCGAAACCGCCGCCGACCCCGCAGGCCCCCCGCGGCCAGGCCCCGCCCCCGCCCAGUCCCGGACCGUGACGUCAUCCUUCCUCAUCAGGGACAUCCUGGCCGACUGCCGGCCCCUCGCUGGCCCCGCCCCCCACCCGGGCCACGCCCACGCCAAGGCCACGCCCACUCCCGGAACAGGGUACCAAGUGAAGGAGGAGGCGGAGCGGGAGAUCUCCAGCUCGCGAGCCACGCCCCCGGCGCCACCUUGCCCCACCCCCUCCUCUUGCCCUGCCCCCUCCUCUUCGUGCUGCCCGUCCUCAUCCUCACCCUCAUCCUCGCCCUCCUCAUCGUCAUCGGGUUCCGGUUCUGGGCCGGGCUGCCGGCUGAAGAAGCCUCGUAAGGCACGCACGGCAUUCACAGACCACCAGUUGGCGCAGCUGGAGCGCUCCUUUGAGCGGCAGAAGUACCUCAGCGUGCAGGACCGCAUGGAGCUCGCCGCCGCCCUCUCCCUCUCCGACACGCAGGUCAAGACCUGGUACCAGAACAGGAGGACGAAGUGGAAGCGCCAGACGGCUGUGGGCCUGGAGCUGCUGGCCGAGGCCGGCAACUACUCUGCGCUGCAGCGCCUCUUCCCACCGCCCUACUUCUUUCCCCCGGGAGGGCUGCCUGGGAUCGACCCCUCCGCUGCCGCUGCCCUCUACCUCUACCGGGGGGCCCCUCCCCCACACGGCCCCGUCACCCCCGUCACCCCAUCCCCUGUCACCCCUGCUGUGACCCCACCUCUGCCGCGACCCCUGGUGCCUCGCCUCCUGCUUCAUGGGCUGGGCGCGGCAGAGGGGGGGCUAGCGGGGGUCAUGCCCAGGUCGGCACAGCCCCGGUGAAGCACUGUCAUGAUCACUCAUGCCAUGCAACUCUGAGCUCCCCGGUCCUGACCUGAGCACAUGGUCGAUGGCUGAAAGUGGGGACAGGAUGCUGCAAGGACACGUGGACCGGCCGUAAAAGUCAAUGGCCCUGAGGUGGGAGAAGGUGGGCUCUGGUAUGUGGGA